UGUUUUUAGCAGAGGCCAGGGCUCUGUUUACCUGUUUACAGGCACAAGACAGAUACAGAUUUUAUUAGCAUGUCUGCCAUAGUAAAAAUUUCUGAAGAAAGAUAUGAGUCCAAAACAUAUAAAACAACCCCUGGUAGAAAUGGUACCAUCUGUCGACCUGUAAUCCUGGACAUCAGAAAAACCCACUUUGGCCUGUUCAGUCAUGAGAGACCCUCGGCUUCCAGGGACGUUGACCUUCUAAAGGAGACGUUCAAAAAAUUACCAGGAUUUCACCCGGAUCCUUACAUAAUUAGUGAUACGAAUUCUGAGAAAGAACAUGAUCCUUUGUACUCCAUGGACAACCUUAGAAAGGAACUGAGUAACAUUGCCAGUAAUGAAGAGAUCACCAAAAAUGCAGAGGUGUUCCUAUGUGUGGUGCUGGCGUUUGGAGAGUCGGGGUAUUUCUAUUUACCCAAUGAUCCAAUAGAUGGAUAUAAACAGCGAAGUCGAAAACCUCCAAAAUUCUCUGUCAAUGAUCUGCUGUCGUAUUUCAAAGGAAACUACUGCCCAAAUUUGAUCCUGAAACCAAAAAUUUUUCUUAUACAGACUUGUAACCCUAACCUUGACCAGAAGGAUAGAUCACUGUUUUUUAGGGAGGGAGAACUACUGCCCAAAAUACAGAGGACCCCAAUAGAAGCAGAUAUACUCAUCUAUCACUCCAUUGUGUCAGGUGGAUAUACUGACAGAAUGAAACCAGAAACAAAGAGAGGCCUAGGAGAGAACAUUGACCACAUAGGAAAUACUGAUGGUCAGUCAGCCUGCCAGUUCGUGUACGCCCUCUAUAAGGAGGUCACGGCUCUCACUGACCACAGGGAAGAGUUUGAACUGACCGAUCUUAUCCUGAAUGUAAAUAGGUCACUAGAUGACUUUAUUGAGAAGGAACAUUAUAAAUCUGAUGAAAGAAACAAACCGUGGAAUAUUGAACCUCCAGAGGUCCCUGUAUGUAUAGACCAGCUGACUAAGAAACUGGUGCUAAAGACAAGAUAAGCAAACCCUGGAAUAUAAUACAUGUACUCCCAGAAUUUCCAGUGUGUAUGGAUCAACUUACUAAGAAACCUGUGUUUAAGACACCAUAAACUUAUAAUUUUAUACUGUUAUAUAGAUUAUAUACCAUAUAUAGAUUAUAUAUACCAUGACAAACA